AUGCUGAAUAUGAGCCCACAGAACUGGGCUAAUUGUUAUUUUCCUGGAAAGAGGUAUGGGUGGUUAACCUCAAAUCUAGCUGAGUCCUUCAACGCAUGGAUUAAGGAAGCCCGAUUUUUACCGAUAGCGCAGUUGGUUGAUCACAUCCGGGUGAAGAUGAUGAAAAUGAGCUACGAUAGACGUGAGGAAUCCAACAAAUGGACUACACCACUUGUUCCUAGUGUAGAGGAGCAUCUUGUCCUGAUCAACGAGGGUGCACGUUGUCUUCAUGUUAAUCCUUCUACGUCGAUUCUGUAUGAAGUAUAUGAUUCCCCAUCUGUUAGAGUGAAUUUGGAGUACCGCACGUGUACUUGUCGCCAAUGGCAAGUUCUUGGACUACCUUGCAAGCAUGCGGCCGCCGUAAUCAGGCACAAAGAUCAGCUAUUGUAUCCAUAUAUUUCUGACUAUUUCAGCACGGAGGUGUACCGCAAGUGUUACUCCUUUCCCAUAUAUCCAAUUCCUGAUGAUGAGAAGCCAAUUAUAACGGAUGAGAAUAUGGAGAUUAGACCUCCAUUAACCUCGAUUCGUAGAGGAAGGCCAAAAACAAAGCGGAUCCCUUCUGGACUAAAUCCUUCUAGAAUGUUGAAGUGUAGCCGAUGUAAGGAGUUCGGUCACAAUCGACGAACAUGUAACCAACCAAUAGCUGAUUGA